AUGAAUAGAAAUAAAUAUUUUAAGGAACAUUUUUUAUAUGUGGAGGAAUUAGAAACAAAAAAUGAUGAAGACAAAUUGUUAUAUAUAGAUUAUAUAAGAAAAUGUUUUAAUUAUUUGUUGAGCCAAAAUGAUGAUUAUAUAAUUACAACAAUAAAAAAAAACAACUCUUUAUGUUAUUUUUUUUUUUCACAUUUACAAAAAGGGGCUCGAGCUUAUGAUGAUUUAUAUAUUAGUGAUGGUUGUAUGGAAAAUGAAUAUUAUAUAAUUGAUAAAUAUAUAUUAGAGUUUUAUUUAAAAAUAUUAGAAAUAUAUAUAAAUAGUGAUAAAAAUGAAACAAAUAUAAUAAAACAUACAUUUAUGAAAAUUAACAUAUUUAUGGAUAUAUUAAUGAUGUAUCACAAUUUAGAAAAAGAGAAGAUAAAAGAAUUACUCGAUAAUUUAUAUAAAAUGACAAAAUUAUAUUAUUUUAAUAUAAAUAAAUAUAUAUCAUUACUUUAUGAACAUAUAAAAUAUAUAAAAGAUAAAUUAGACAAUUUUACAACUAGAAAAAGUAAUGUAAAUAAUCUGAUAUUUGAAAUAAAUGAAUUUAUUACAUGUACAUAUUGUUUUACACAAUUUUUUAAAAAGUUUCACCUUUUUGAUAUGGAAAAAAAUAAGUUAUCAAAGAAUCUCAUUCUUUCUACUUUACUAUGUUACGAUAAUAAUGAUAAUAAAAAGGACCAUUUAAAUACCCUGUCUAUUGAUAUAUUAAAAGAGGGGAAAGAAUCGUUCCUAUAUUUGUUUAUACAAACAUAUUUUGAAAUGGUAAAAAAAAUAUACUGUGGCACUGUGGAAUCACGAAUAAAAAAAGACGUGCUUAUUUUAAGAUACAAGUUUAUAAAAACAUUGAAGAAAUUUGUUAAAUACAGUUUUAUAUAUGAAGAGGAGAAAAAAAAACAUCUUUAUUUUUCAUUUAUAAUUGAUUUAUUAAAAGAAAAAAGUGGUGAGUUAAGUUUUUAUUUUUUAAAAAAUGAUAUAAAAAUGAUUAAAUGGGAUUUCUUAGAACAUUUUGUAUUACAAAAUAAGUUAGAUAUUGAAUUUUACAUGUAUGUUAAUAAUAUUUUAAAAAUAAAAAGCAAUAAAGAGAUAAAAGAGUUUAUGAAAAAGAAAUACGAAAACGAAAUUAAUCAAAUUAAGGAAAUAACAAACUUAAAUAAUUCUAAUGCUAUUUUAAAAAUAUUAAAAAAAAAUAAUUUUAUAAUAGAUAGCACAUUAGACAAUAUAUUUUCCAUAAUGCCUACACAAAAUUUAGAUGGUAUGUCAGAUGAUAGUAGUGAAAAUGACGAGUCCGAAAGUUCAUUUGAAAUGAACAAUUAUGAAAAUAAUAUAGAUCAAAGUGAUAUAUCUAGCGAUGAAAAAAUAAGCAAUAUUAUAUUUCAUAAAAAAAAUGAUGAACAUAAUAAUAUAGCUAGUAAUACAAAGCAUGAGUAUGUUGAUUCUGAGCAUGAUAAUUAUCAAAGUGUAAAAAAUAAAAGUAAAAAUGUUUUAGAAAUAUUAAAAGAACAAGAAUUAAUGAAAAAACUUAAUAAAAAAAAAAGAGAAAAAUCAAAAUAUGUAAAUGAUAUAAUCGAUGAAGAAUCAAAGAAUAAAAUCUUAAGCCAAUUAAAUAUGUCAGAUAGUUUAGACAAUGAUUUAUCAAGUAGGUUCUUUGAUAAUUUUCAAAACAAAUUAAUUCCUCCAACAUCUUAUAGACGAAAUUAUACUCCGUCUGAAGAAAAGAGUGGUAUAGGAAAAUUUUAUCAUGGUCAGAAUAAAAAUCAAAAUGUUCAAUCAACUCAAAUUCCGCAGAACAAACCAAAUGAUUAUAAAAAUAAAAAGUUUAUACCAUCUAAUCAUUCUAAAUUUAAAGAUCCGAGAUACGGAAAUCCGACACAAAAAAAUGCACCACCAAACGACCGAACAAAUCCAAAUGAUGACAAAACGAAGCGAUAUUAUAUGAAAAAGAAUAUUAACAAAGGCCGGCUUCGCAGAAAUCAAUAUGACAAAAAAAUGGGCAAGGAGGCGUUUUAA